AUCCGGAGAGUGUUUUGCGAGGCAGCACGUUCGUCUAACCCGCUGCACAUGUGGGAGCGAGAUGAAGGGAGAGCAGUAGAGUUUGGAAACAUCUGAAUUAUUAUAAAGUUCUGGAAGCAAAAGCGGACAUGAAGAAGAAGCAGCCGGUUGUGGAGGACACAGGAGAGAUGAUUCCCUCUCAUGAGGAGGAGGAUGAAGCUCCAGUUAAAGCCAAAAGGAGCAAACAUGAGCAGGCAGGAGGAGGAGGGGAGGAGGAGAUGGUCUAUCACCCGGUGAAGCUGUCCCGAAGUGAUCUGUACAGACCUCCUUCAGCUGAGGAGCUGAACCAGCUGAAGGAGGCGGAGAGCCUGUUUCACUGCAGCCUGCUCAAGAUGCAGAUGGAAGAGCUGCUGAAAGAGGUCGCCCUGAGUGAGCGUAGGAAACAGCAGAUCGACUCCUUCAUCCAGACGGUUACCGAGCUGCUUCAGGCUGUGCCGGAUUCACCAGAAGUUGAGGUUAGUGACCUGUCAUGGCUGUCGGGUGCAGUUAAGGUCCCGUUCCUCCUGGUGCCCAAAACCACAAAGGGCAAGUUCCACAUGGCGCCUCCUGCUUCUGUCGAUCUGAUCGGCAGCUAUCCCCUCGGCACCUGCACCAAACCACGCGUCACGGUGGACCUGGCGGUCACGAUCCCUGCUGAUGUCCUCCACCCAAAGGACGUUGUGAACCAGAGGUAUCCGAGAAAAAGGGCUCUCUACCUGGCGGGCCUGGCCCAGCAUCUGACAUCCUCUUCCGACAUCGGAGCCAUGAGUUAUUCCUGUCUCCAUGGGAAUCGACUCCGACCUGUCCUGCUUCUGACCCCUCCGGGCAAGGAGUCUUCCAGCUUCACUGUACGUGUUCAUGCCUGUCCGCCUCCUGGAUUCUUCAAGCCCAGCCGCUUCCACCCCCAGAGGAAUAACGUCAGGACAGAGUGGUACACCGGAUUGCAGACCUCCAUGUCCGAGGGCAGCGAACCUCCCACUCCUCAUUACAAUAGCUCUGUUCUGGGGGAUUUAUUGCCCAGAGCUCACCUCCAGUUUCUUUCUGCUGUCAGCUCCCAGUGCUCAGCGUUUGCUGACGGGGUGGCUUUGCUCAAAGUCUGGCUUCGUCAAAGAGAGCUCGACCAGGGCACUGGUUGUUUUAAUGGCUUCCUGGCUUCGAUGCUGUUGACUUAUCUGCUGACCACUCACAGAAUCAGUAACACCAUGACAGCCUAUCAGCUGCUUCGAAACAGCCUGAACUUUCUGGCAACUACAGACCUGACAGUGAAUGGAAUCAGCCUAGCCAGAGAUCCUGACUGCACAGCUCCAGCACUGGCUGAGUUCCACAGCGCUUUCCAGGUCGUGUUUGUCGACCCUUCGGGGCAUCUCAACAUGUGUGCCGACAUGACGGCUUGUACCUACAAACAGCUGCAGCAUGAGGCAUCUGUGUCGAUGCAGUUCUGGGACGACCCCACGGUGGAUGGGUUUCACAGCCUCCUCAUGACCCCCAAACCCAUGAUACGGACAAGUGACCACGUAUUCCAGUUGUGCGAGCUGGUGAAGCUUCAGUCCAGCUGCAAGAAACUCAAUCUCCUCAGUGAGCUGAUGGACCACAGCGGGAAUUAUGUCCACACUGCGCUCCCUUUUAUCCUGUCACUGCUUCAGCGAGGACUGGGCGAAAGGAUUCACCUCCUCACCCACUCUCUGUCUCCUGACCCAGAGUGGUCUGUGGAGAGUGAAGCCCCAAAACACAAAGCCCAACCUCCGCUCUCCUUUGGUUUGCUCUUAAAACCGGAGCUGGCAACCUCCGUCCUGGAGAGAGGCCCACCUGCAGACAGCCCUAAGGCGGCUGAGUUUCGCGAGCUGUGGGGCUCUCGCUCCGAGCUGCGGCGCUUCCAGGACGGCGGCAUCACCGAAGCUGUGCUGUGGGACGGGCAGAGCAUGUGCCAGAAACAACUGGUGCCCAAACAGAUCAUCACACACCUCCUACAGCUACACGCAGAUGUCCCCGAGUCCUGCGUGCGGUAUGUGGGGGUGAAGCUGGAUGACGUCAUCAUAACGGGAAGUGAGGUGCCCAGUACUGGAGAGGAGGAGAGUUUACGCGUGGUCCAGUCCUACGAUGACCUGAGUAGAAAACUGUGGAGGCUGGAAGGUCUGCCUCUCUCCAUCACAGCGGUGCAAGGAGCUCACCCUGCACUCAGAUACACACAGGUCUUUCCCCCUCUGCCGCUGAAGCUGGACUAUUCCUUCUUUGUCAGAGAGAAGAUUUCCAGAUCGUUGGUGCCAAAGGAAGACAAACCCUGCCCUGCUUAUGUCACACCAAUCACAGUGAUCUGUCACAUGGAGGGGAGUGGAAAGUGGCCUCACGACCGCCUCGCCAUCCGUCACAUCCGAGCUGCCUUCCACAUCCGUCUGGGAGAGUUGCUCAAGAAGCACCACAAUUAUCCGUGCAAGCCCUGCCCCACGCACCUGGAUGUCUGGAAGGACGGCUUGUUGUUCCGCAUUCAGGUGGCGUACCAUCGUGAGCCUCAGGUGUUGAGGGAAAGUGUGAAUGCUGAGGGGCUGCUGGUGGUAAGGGACAACGAGGAGGCUCAGGCUCUGGAGAUGGCCACCAUUCACAAGCCGCUACUUACCAGCACAUUGCAUGGGCUGCAGCAGCAGCACCAAUGUUUUGGGGCAGUGUGUCGCCUGGCCAAACGUUGGCUCGGAGCUCAGCUCUUCAGCGAAGACAUCACAGAGGACACAGCAGACCUGCUGGUGGCGUCGCUUUUCCUGCAGCCUGCACCCUUCACUCCUCCUGGUUCUCCUCAGGUUGGCUUCCUUCGUUUCCUUCGUCUGCUCGCCUCCUUUGACUGGAGGAACACCCCGCUGAUAGUCAACCUCAAUAACCAGCUCACAGCCGUCGACUAUACGGAGAUCAAGAACGACUUCAUGGCCUCCAGAGAGUCUCUGCCCGUCAUGUUUAUAGCUACGCCUAAAGACAAAAAACUAUCUAUGUGGACCAAGAGAGCGCCCAGUGUACAGAUGCUGCAUCGUGUGGUGAUGCUGGCUGCAGAGAGCCUUAAGGUACUGGAACAUCAGCUGAUGGACGGCGGCCAGAUGCAAGAUGUCAGGGUGGUCAUGCGCCCUCCUCUGGAUGCCUACGAUGUGUUGAUUCACCUGAACCCCAAGCAGGUUCCCCUCCUCAGCCAGGCAGUAGACCCUCCCGCUGUGACCUUCAGCAGGGGAAUCAUGGAUGGCAACGUGGCCCAUUCUGGAGGAGCCAUGCCAGUCGUCGACUAUAACCCCGUGUCCCUCUACCUGGCCGAGCUCAGGGACUCUUUCGGAGACCUAGCCCUCUUCUUCUGUGAUCCCUAUGGUGGAACAGUGAUUGCAGUUUUGUGGAAUCCAAAGGCCUUCAUCCCACUGCCGUUUAAGACGUCACAGGUGUCCGCUCGGUGCGUGGAGGUGACCGGAGAGGAAGCGAAAACUGUCCCCAAUGUCGAAGCAAUACUGGAGGACUUCAGGAACAUGGGGAAGGGCUUGGUCAAAUCGGUGGAAGCCAGGACUGAAAAAUGGUCAUUUUAGUCAAAUACUUUGAGCAGAUAUAUUCCAUUUUUAUUUGACACAUUCACCAGAGAGAGAGGUACAAUAAUACAUUUUUGUUUUGUUAGUGCCUGACUUAUCAAAACAGAACAACAGAAACACGAGUUAAUCAUCUUGUGUUGUGUUCAUACUGUAGUGUUGCCGUUAAAGACCAAUCACAUGUUGUUUCGGUGAAGCUGUAUCAUGUAAUAAAUGCAUCUACUGUUUUGAUUUC